UCCGCCGGGGCCAGCGCCGUUUCCCCCCGCCCCUCGGCGGCGGCGGCGGCGGGGCCGCGGAUCCGGCCUGCGCGGGGCCGGCGGAGGGGAGCGAGGGGAGGAGAGGAGGGAGGCGGCGGCGGCGGCGCGCUGGCCAUGGCAGCAGCAGCAGCCCGCGGGCGGAGAGGCAGCCGCCGCGGGCCGCCGCUGUGAUUGGCACCGCGAGGAGGAGGAGGAGGAGGAGGAAGGCGCGGGGCAGCCGCGGGGCCCGCCAUCCCUCCGCGGCGGCGGUGCGGCGGCGGCGCCCGGGAGGAUGCCGGGCAAGACGGGCUCGGCGGGCGGCGGCGAGCUCCCGGGGGCCGGCGCGCAGCGGCAGAAGAAGAGCAGGAGGAAGGUGUCCUGCUUCUCCAGCAUCCAGCUCUUCCUGGUGUCCGAGUGCGCCCUGAUGCUGGCCCAGGGCACCGUGGGAGCGUACCUGGUGAGUGUUUUAACCACGCUAGAGCGUCGAUUCAACCUUCAGAGUGCUGACGUGGGAGUCAUUGCUAGCAGCUUCGAGAUUGGGAACCUGGCCCUCAUCCUCUUCGUGAGCUACUUUGGAGCCCGAGGACACAGGCCACGCUUGAUAGGAUGCGGAGGGAUAGUCAUGGCCUUAGGCGCCCUCCUUUCUGCACUGCCUGAAUUUCUGACCCACCAGUACGAGUAUGAAUCAGGGGAGAUACGCUGGGGGGCUGAAGGGAGGGAUGUGUGUGCUGCCAACGGGUCCACCAGUGACGAGGGACCAGACCCGGACCUUAUCUGCAGGAAUAGGACUGCUACCAACAUGAUGUAUUUGCUGCUCAUUGGAGCACAGGUUCUUCUAGGCAUUGGUGCUACGCCUGUCCAGCCCCUAGGAGUUUCCUACAUUGACGACCAUGUGAGGCGGAAAGAUUCCUCCCUGUAUAUAGGGAUCCUGUUUACGAUGCUGGUAUUUGGACCAGCCUGUGGAUUUAUCUUGGGCUCCUUCUGUACCAAAAUCUAUGUGGAUGCUGUCUUCAUUGACACAAGUAAGCUGGACAUCACCCCGGACGACCCUCGGUGGAUCGGCGCGUGGUGGGGAGGCUUCCUGCUCUGUGGUGCCUUACUCUUCUUCUCGUCCCUCCCGAUGUUUGGGUUCCCGCAGUCCUUGCCCCCGCGGACGGAGCACGCGUUGGAGAGCGAGCAGGCCAUGCUCCCUGAACGGGACUACGAGAGGCCCAAGCCGAGCAACGGCGUCCUGCGGCACUCGCUGGACGACGAGAACAGCACAUCCUGCUUUCAGCAGUUGCGAGUGAUCCCCAAAGUAACCAAGCACUUGCUCUCUAACCCCGUCUUCACCUGCAUCAUCCUGGCGGCAUGCAUGGAGAUCGCCGUGGUGGCUGGUUUCGCCGCUUUCCUGGGGAAGUACCUGGAGCAGCAGUUCAACCUCACCACUUCGUCCGCAAACCAACUCCUGGGGAUGACAGCAAUCCCAUGUGCAUGUUUGGGCAUUUUCCUGGGUGGCCUCUUGGUGAAGAAGCUCAGCCUAUCUGCUCUGGGAGCCAUCAGGAUGGCUAUGUUGGUGAACCUGGUGUCCACAGCUUGCUACGUGUCUUUCCUGUUCCUCGGCUGUGACACUGGGCCUGUGGCAGGAGUUACUGUUCCCUAUGGAAACAACUCAACUCCGACCUCACCUCUAGACCCGUAUGCCCCCUGCAAUAACAACUGUGAAUGCCAAACCGAUUCCUUCACUCCCGUCUGUGGGGCAGACGGGGUCACCUACUUAUCUGCCUGCUUUGCCGGCUGCAGCAGCACGAAUCUCAGCAGCUGCUCAUGCCUCAGCUCACUCCCAGCUGAAAAUGCUACAGUCGUUCCUGGAAAAUGCCCCAGCCCUGGCUGCGAAGAGGCCUUCCUUACAUUCCUCUGUGUGAUGUGCGUUUGCAGCAUGAUUGGGGCCAUGGCGCAGACGCCAUCAGUUAUCAUACUCAUCAGAACCGUGAGCCCCGAACUCAAGUCUUAUGCUUUGGGGGUGCUUUUCCUGCUUCUCCGUUUGCUAGGUUUUAUCCCACCUCCGCUGAUCUUUGGGGCUGGAAUUGAUUCCACGUGUCUGUUUUGGAGCACGUUUUGUGGCGAACAAGGAGCCUGUGCGCUGUAUGACAAUGUGGUCUAUAGAUACCUGUAUGUUAGUAUUGCUAUAGCCCUGAAGUCUUUUGCAUUCAUCUUGUAUACAACCACCUGGCAGUGCUUGAGGAAAAACUAUAAAAGAUACAUCAAGAACCACGAAGGUGGUCUCAGCACUAGUGAGUUUUUUGCCUCUACUCUCACCCUAGACAAUCUGGGGCGGGACUCAGUGCCCCAAAAUCAAUCGCACAGGACAAAAUUUAUCUAUAACCUUGAAGAUCAUGAGUGGUGUGAAAAUAUGGAGUCUGUUUUAUAGUGACUAUGGAUGGAUGAACUGCGUUAAUAAUGUAAGGGUCCUUUUUAAAGAAAACAGAGUGAGAAUGAAGGAAUAUAAUUGCAAAACAAUGGCAACACAGGAAACUUUGUCUUUUUCUCAAAAUCAGAUCCAGCCAGGAUUCAGAACAACCUCCUCUUUUAAUGGGAUCACUUUUGAAAUCUUGGGGGGUGAUAGAGAAAACACAACACAGCUGUGGCUGGGUUCCAGCCCAUUUGAUGAUAGUAGAAGCUUCUGAGAUGGAAACAGCUGGAGAGCAUCAGUAGCAGCAGAGAGAGAGGUUCGUCGGAGAGCUCAGCGAAUGGACAGGCUUGGGCAAGAGGCGUAAAGAAAGAAGAUGACAAAGGCAACGCUGAAAUAGGUGUUAGCAGUGCUGCGUGUCCUGGGGAUAGGUGCAGCAACGUGGGCGGACGGGUUAGCUGGUCUGGGCGCUGCUCAAACCCAACGCGCUCCCUCAAUGAUGGCAAAGAGGGGAGGGCGCUAGAGUCGUUCAAUCAGUCACACUGUCACCAGCCAGGAGUCCGCGUUAAAUACCUUUAAAGCUGCUGGAAACCCUCCAGGUAGCGAGCGAUGCGGUCUGAGUUACCAAAUCCUUCCAGCCAAGGCAUAUUUGCAGAUCGCAGCUUCCUAGUUGUCUGUGAACAGCUGUGCUCAGAUCUUUCAGACCCAGUAAAGUUCAAGACAUUUGCUCACACUUGCCAAACGUGCUGUCAAUUUUAAAGGGGGAUGAAUUCCAAAUAUUUGUCUGUGUAGUCCUCUAAUAAGAUUUUUUUUAAUUAAUUAUUUUCAAGUUUAUGUUAACCCUUAAAUCGCUGACACUUUUCUGGGGAGGGGGAUUUAUUUAUGCUAGUUUGGGGAAAAGUCCUGUUUAAUUCACCCAAACAUAAUGUGACUCAAGGGGUUCGUUUAAUCCUCUGCUUUUUUUAUCCAUACGCCUUCAUUCUAAUAUGCUACCGAGCCAAUGAGGACACAUACUAUGUUUUUAAAAGAGAGAGUGAAUGCACUGUGUCUAUACAAAAAUAAUUGCCAGUUGGAGAAUUAUAGAUAAUAUGAUGAUUUACAUAAUAUAGUUUUUUCAUAUUAUAUGUGACUCAGUAAAUAUAUAUAUAUAUGGAGAGACUGUUUAUGUUCUCUUCAGUUUUUAAAGAUAUAUAUAUAUAUAUAUCAUUUGCAAUCUAGAAAUUAUGUGGUGGAUGUUUUCUUUAAAGUGUGUGUGCGUGCGUGCGUGUGUGUAUACAAGAUGAAGGGAUACUGACCUUAAACCUGCAACCUGCAACUGAUAUUUUUUCACCUGAGAAAUUCCACUAACUUCAGUGGAAGCCUUGUGAAGAAAGUUGAAUAAUCUUUCCACCUAGAGACUGUAUUUUGCCCUAUAUAUUUGCAUUUCCAUGGAAGACUGGGUUAUAGGAGCAAAGAUUGGCCAGCAUUGAGCACCUCUGAAAUUUUCAUUCAAAUUCUCAAGAUGCAGCCACACAGGAGCACAUUUGGCUUUGCCUUUGCAAUUGUAGUCUUAACCUGUGCGGUCAAAAUCAAGGGGAAAGUUUCAUCUGAUUUUAAGAAGCAUUGGCUCAGGCUUAUUAUAUUGCAUGUGUGUUUUUCUUUUCUAAAAAAUUCCUCUUGGUAAACAAUACAAAGUCAUUGCAUUUGAUGAGUUUUCCCCAGUCAGAAGUGGAAAGUAGAUACACUUCCAGUGGAGUAAAUGUCAGAAGGGUUUUAAGGGUUAGCAUCAUUAAUCAGAAAGUUCCUUUUUUGUUUGUAUUUUGAAACUGUUGUGAACAUGCAGACGGUUGGAGACAUAACCUGGCAUGUCAAACCAAGUGCUGGAUGUAGCUUCCAUGCAGCUGGUGGAGUAGCUGAUCUCCCCAGAGUCCUUGUCCAUUGCUGGCAGUGGACGCUCCGCAAUCGGCACAAUUACAGAGAGUUGAUAACUUGCUACUCAUGUGCAAUGCCUUUUUAGCAAAAUUUACUUUUAUCUAGGCAUUUAAAUAUGUGGGCAGAGAGAGGAUAUCAAACUGCUUCCAGCUAACUGACUUUAUAUGUGUGUUUGUAAUUUAUGAACAGCAUUAAAUGUUCAGCAACAGUAAGGGCAAAAAGUAUAUCAAAUAAACUCCGCUGUGCCAAAUAUUCGACAAAUAUUGUAAAUGUAGAUAUUUGAGUCUUGGUUUGGAGCCACGUUAAGAAUCAUUUGAUUAAUGAAGGCGUUUAAAAAAAAUUGUAAAGCUAUGCAGUGCCAUUGUUAUGCUGGAUGGUAAAUGAUUCUUCUUAGGCUAUUAGAAUGGUUUAGUAUGUAGGGAUACUACAUCCAUAAAAUAAUGAAUUUAGAAAGGCACAGGGUGCAUAACUGUCUCAUAAAAUAUGUGUAACUGUCAAGUAUAAGCAUUGGAAAUCAUUCUGUACAGUUUUCUUCAUUUUGAAAAUUUAUUACUUAGGCUACUGUCUUUUCAAUGUUAGUUCAUAAUUUUAUACUAUACACACACACACAUUCAGACAGAACACAAAUGUCACAGAACAGAACCCUCUCAAAGCCUGAUUGCUUGAAUUUCUAUAACCCCUUUCACAAUUUCAUUUUUUCACCUCUGAAUGUCCAAGGCGAAUGAGAGUAACAUGCUGACUUGAUGCCAUGAAAACUCCAGGUGUUCAAGAACUGUGGUUUGUCAGCACAGUCAGAUCCCUUCAACCGGAGUCAUAGAAACCAGAUUCCAAAGCACUUCAUGCUUUCAUUUUUAUUUUUUCCUUUUUUUAUUUAAUCUUUUCUAUUGGUAUGUAUGGAAGAUUCAGUUGCAUAGAGUUACUUUUGUUGUUUUUAUGCUGUUUCUUAAAGUAUUUGCAUGAUUGCUUUUUUAUUUCUUCCAGUAACGUGACCUUUGAAAAGCUCUGCCCUUUUCUUACUCCUCUCUCUCUCUCUCUCUCUUUCUCUCUCUCUCUCUCUCUCUCUCUUUUUUUUUUUUUUUUUUUUUUAAGGAUGUAUCAGAAACCUGCCUCAGGUGUAGAGCUUUACUGUCAGUGCUUUGGUACACAUCUGAGCAAAAUUUUAUUUCAAACAAAACAUGCAGACAAAAACCUUUGUCCAUCCCAGCAGGCUCUUUGUUUUCCUCAGUUCAAAACCACAAGCCAGUUUUGCCUGCAACCCAAAUUUUGUUACAGAAUGAGUGAAGCAUCUUGGACAUCCUGCUGCUUCCCAAAAUGCAAUGGGCCUUAGCCUGUAAGCACUUCACUUCCAUCCCGCAACUGCCUUAACCAUGCAGGAGACUUAAUAGUAAGAAUGGAGUUAGAAAAAUGCCCAUUCCUGUAAAGAGAAGUAGUGACAUUGUCCAUGUAGUUGAGAUGCAACACUGGAAAUUUUCCUCCAUGUUCAGGGACGCUGAGAUUCAGGGUUUUGUUGAGGUCUUGUCAGAAAUGUUAUUUUGAUGUCUCCAAGCACUGUGUUCCCUGCAUGGCUGUCUGCUAAGGAAUGAGAUGUUGGGAUUAAAACUGCUUGAGCUUUAGCAGACUCUAAGGGAUAGUCCAGUUGCCUUGCAUGACUUCAGAUUGAGUUUUCCUUUCCCUUGCACAGAUAUAACCUAGGGGUGGCCCCAAUGGAAUCAGAAGGGAACCCCAACGUAAAAUUGGUGCAAAUGACACUAGAAUCAGUCCCAUUGUUUUGUGGUUUGGUGUUGUUUUACAUACUCAUUAAACAAGAAAAUGCAUUUCUAGAAGCUAUUUUUUCUAUGUGUUGAAAUCAUACAUCCUUCUGUCUUUGCCCAAAGCAUCUUGGAUGUAUACUAGGACUGAAAAGUCCAUCACUUGAAUUAUCUAGACAAACUCUUUAUUCCUUAGGAAUUCAAUUAGAAGGGCUUCACAUUGCCAGAUGCCUGGAAAAGACGCUGAGCUACUCAGUGCUGCCAUUACUAAUCUGAGUUGGGUCUCACCUUGCUGGGAAGGUGAAAAGAGAAAGAUGCAGAAAGAAAUUAGCUUCAAUUAGCUGAGUUAGCAAUGCUUCAGAACACUUCAAAAUUGAACUGAUGAGCUGUAGACAUUCGAAAAGUGUUUGAAAUGUUUCCAAAUGGCUGAGAUGCAUUGACUUCUUUUUUCUUAAAAAAAGAGGGGGGGGAGGGUGAAGGGGAAAGAGAGAUUUUUAGUACCUCCAAUCUCCCGUCAGAGUUCAAUGUAGCAUCCUCAGCUGGUUUCUGUUCCUAAAAGUGAUGCUGGAAGCAAUGCCUUUCGGUUUCAACUUUGUCCGUCAGUUGCUGCAUGUUUUUCCCAAGGAAUGAGGUCCCGAAAGGUGAUGCUGUCUAGUAACCAGCAGUUUCACUCCACAGCAAACCCAGAGUCAACUCCAAAGUUACCAGCACUGUGAAGCUUUAGCCCCAGAGUCAGCUGUGGCUUUUCCUGCUGUGUGAGGGAGUUUCUCACAGCUGGGUAUGCUGGACUCAGUAUUUUCUUGUGAUCAUGACAGUCUUGGUGUGUUUGUUUUAUUCUUGUCAGGUGAUAUGAGGAAUUGUUGCUAUUAAAGACAUAUGCAAACAUUUUACUGGACUGAUGUGAUAACAGCUUUGCUCUUUUAUUCACAGAGGUUUCCAGACACGCUUCCACUCUACCUUUAGACACAGGCAUCCUCAUCUAUACUCCCCUAAUUUCUCAUGUGCUAUCUUUGCAGGCAGAAACAGGCAUGUUCUUGCUGUCUCCCUCUAGAGCUGAUUAACUCUUGUAAAGUUCACAGGGUUUCUGUGUGUGGGGUAGAGCACCCCCAAUAUAAGCAAUAAUGCUGAACUGUUUUACUUGCGUCAGUAGUUUUUGUUUUUUUCACCUUAAUCUGAGUUCACUUCUUCCAACACCCUAUGCUGUUGCUGUGACUUUCCAUUCUGUUGGUGGCAGUUCCAGGAGACUCUGAAUAUUCUGCUUUCCUUGCAACAUGAUGUUCCUCCCCCCACCACCACCACCUCCUCCCACCCCACAGGAAGACCAAGACCCAAUUGGUGAGAAUGUGGGCAGCAGUUUUUUAAGAUGGGCGAUCAAAUGAUGGGAGCCGUUGGCAUGAGCCAGGCCUGUCUUCAGUUAUCUCAUGUUUUGGAGUGAUCCAAGAAAGAAAGAAAUUGGAAGGGCUCUGUGGCUGAGCUUUCCAGCAUCCUUGGAGCAAUUCAGUGCUCAGCUGUACAGACCUAUCUGCUUUGCCUCUUUCUGAGACCCACAGUUCAUAGGCUUUGCUUCUAAAACGACCACGAGCUUGCUUUCUCCAGCCACAGGUCUUCCUUCUUCUCUGUGGUAAAGCACAGUUCAGGUCUACCAAGGUAAUGUAAGGUGUUCAGAGUUAUUGACUGCGCUUUAAAUUUGCUUGAGAUAUCAGCAGGUCUCAGUAUCAGAUACAUUCAAAAUAUCAUACAUUUUUUCUGCUUUUAUAGACUAAAUCUGUUACUUCUACGCUGUAAAUGACAUUUUCUAUCAUUUCAUUGAUAUUUCUAGCCAAUCUGUUAAUACAAUUGCCUUGCUGAAAAAUGGUCUUUCAGCAGUUCUUAGACAUUAGGUAGUUCUUUGUAGUUGGCAACACUAGUUAAUAAUCUUUGGCCAUGAUCUGUUCCUUGAAUUCAGUGGAGCAGGAGGAAGCUCUGUGUAGUCAGAAGCAAUACUGGUGUUUUCUUUUGACAGAGUAAGAACAUAGACUGCUUUCCUUUGGGGUUCAGUUUUGCCUCAGCCUCAGUUAUGAGCAUCGUUUACUCCCAUGAGGGCACCAUGAUUUCCAUUUGGAUGGUUGCAAGAAAAGGACUUUUGGAUGUAUACAGUGUUUGUACUGUUUUGCUUGUCAAAAUCUUGCUUUAGGCUCUGAUGAAUGGAGUGAUUCUAGGGAUGUGGUCUUUGGGAUACUGUAUUGACUGUUUGGAAGUGUAUCCCCAUUUCCUUUAGGUUAAGUGUGACAGAGCAGAGAUUCACAGCCUGGUAAGUAACGAAAGUAUAAAGGAAAAAAUUAGCAAUACCCUGACAAUUUCUGAUGUUGGGCUUGUUCUACGUGAGGUUGGUGUCUGCAAGUGAAAAAAAUAAAAAGCAAUAAGAAACUUGUCAAGUCCUACUCAGCAAAUAAUUUAUAGCAACUUCAUAAAUGAAUUUUCCCUUUUACUUCCUCAUGAAUUGCUGAGGAAAACUAGAAAAUGCCUCCAAAGUAUUUGUAAGGUUAUUUCUGCAUAUAAUCAGUCGGUCUUGGGGGGGGGGGUGGAAUGGCUUUGUUAUAAUUCAGACAAGUUAGUUUGUUCUGACUGGACAUAGAAAUCAUCGGGAAAUUUCUGCUCCCUAGUCAAAGGCUGGAUUUUCUCAUCAGUACAAAUAUUUAGUGCAAAUGUAUGUGAUUCAAAAUUGAAUAAGAGGGAUCUUGCUCAGUGCCAAUGGGCAGCGUGCCUCUGGACAUACACUGCUUUAGGACAGCCAAAGUGCUGGCUUUCAGUUCACUUUCCAGGAAUAUUCUCUGAUAGAUGCUUGAAAUUCUCUGCUUCUUCCAGUUUUCCCACUAGUUAAUACAUUCAUUUUAGUAAUUACUGAGAGCAAACACAAGAAGAGUAUGAACUCAGACAAAAACAAAUUGGUAUGAAGGUGAAGCAGGUGGUGGAUAUUUUAUUUGCAAUGUUUGCACAGCUCAGAUCUGAUGCAAAAUCUCUCUGGAAUCAAAGGGUUGUAUAUGACCUAACAUACUUAUUUCUUUCCAACUAGCUUUUAGGAGAGCAGAAGGCAUCUUUCCCUGCUACAUAUGUCUUAGCCCUUUCCCCCUGCAGUAUGGCCAGUGCAUUUACCUUUCAACAUAAACUGCAUCUCAGUCUUACAUGUGCGGUGCCUCACAACGACCUGAAGGAAAAAGUGACUCCUGUUCUUUGCCCAUGAUGCUUUCUGCAAGUUUGGAUGAUUAUGAUCCCUGUUGAAGAAUCACAGACAUCUUCCUAAAGUCUUUGGUGCAGUGGGUCUAAAACGGCUCUGUUGAUCCCAGGUAGCCUGUAAGCUGUGCUAGCAGGUCUACGGCUUGUUUACAGACCCAUAUUGCCUUCGUACUGUUUUCAGAUGAAAGUGUGGUGAUGAGAACAUGCAUAGCAGUAAAUGAGAAGUGGUAAGGGUUGCCAGUGGUCUGUGACCACCAAAGUUUGGGAGUCUCCAUGUUGGCACAUGAAAGCAAUUCCCAUCAUCCACUUCUGGGAAGGAGCUAUCUCAGAGCGAGGUUCACAAAAAAAGUAUGACAGCACUGGGACCGAGUAGCGUUUCAAGCAAAAGUAACCUCUUGCUUCUCUUUGGUGCAAAGUCCCUAGGGAGGAGGGGUGGGGAUGGGGAGCAGGGGAAAAGCUGUGACCUAUUAAAACCCAUAGUGCCUACCACUGAAAAUGGAUCGCUGUAUUGUAUUAUAUUAUACGUGACUACCAUGUAAAUAAAGUACAAUAAAUGUGGUGUUCAUUAGGUUUUUGAUACAAGUUGAAUGCAGUCUGCAGAAAUUUUUUUUUUCCUCCUGUAUGUACUUAAAUUACAUUCCAGUCAUGGGGACAUUUGGGUUUAUGUGAGCUAGAACUGCAUAAGUAGCAUUAGAUGAGAAAAAAAUGCAAUAAGGUUAUUUUAAAACUCCGUUUACCCUUUAUAAAUGAGACACAAGCACCAUCAGCCAGCCUACAGGGAGUGGGGGUGCCUGCAUACACAGGAGGAGCGCAGCUCUUUAUUUGAAGUGGUUUGUGAGCAGAAGAGACAGCACUGCCCAAACUGUCCUUGGCCAUGCUUCAUUCACAGUGAAAGGAAAGCAGCAUUUUAGUUUGGCUGAUUUCUCUUUGAUCAUUUUUCUGAUGCAGAUGUUGUUCAGGAGCAUAUGCUUAGCCCAUGUAACCAUGUUAUUCUCCACCCUUGAGAUGCCUCAGUAGCAGCUACAGCUGAGCAAACUGAGAGCUUAAAAAUCACAGCGGAUUUGGAAAGAAGGCUCAUCCAGGUGGGAUCUGGAUGAGCCCAGCUCAACCAGCUCAAACCCCUGUGGCUCUGAUAAUCACUGAGGGGCUUUUUUCAGCUAAUAGAAAUAUUAAGAACUUACUUUGUUCCUUAACUCACUCCCUUCUUUGUCCAUAAGAGAGAACAACAUACGAGCACAUAGCAACGAGACACAUCUGCAACAUGCUUUCCAAAUCCUGAUGCAUCUCAUAACUGGGCUUCUGGCUUGAUGAUGGGGGUUUUCUCCAGUUUUCAGAUGCUCAGUGCUUCUCUGGGAGGUGUUUGAGACUGCUGUGCAGAUAUAAUCUCCCAUCUGUAUAUGAAGGGUACUUCCACAUUGACCACCUUUUUGGAAAAACAAGACCAUCCCACUCAGUUUGUCACAACUGUGGCUCAAAACUCAUCCACAGAGUUCUUCAGAGGGUCCGCAAACUUGGAGGAGUAUCUACCUGCCAACAUAGCAGACCAGAGAUGUCUGCCCUGAGUAUCAGAUAUGUUGUUCUUCAUAAUCAUCAGGGCAGAACGUCUGUGGGUGUUUGUAUGUUCAGAAGGUUCUUCCCGCAUAGGACAUCUCCACAAAUGGCCCACAGCAGCAUAUGUGGGACCUGGGUGAACCCAGGUGCUUCUGCCCCUGCCUCAGGAUGUAUGUUAAUCCUUUCCCACAGUGCCCAAGAAAACGUGUUCCUCAAAAAGGUCUUUGAAGUGUACUGGUUUGACUGGUGGUGAUUUUGCAGAAUUUUAGCAGCACUUCCAAAAUAAACCAAAACCUGGUUGGGAAAAGGAAAUAUUUCUCUGUAUAUUUGAUUUUAAAAGAAAAAAAAAGAAAGAAGAGAAACCACAUGGUCGAUAUAUUUUGAGUACUGCAUUCUGUAUUUUUGCAGCUUAUAUUUUCCAGAUGAGCAGUUUAGAAAUAUGUGAUGUGAAAUACAUACUGUAAGUUUCCUGUAAAUGAUAUUAAAACCACUAUUUUCAUUC